AUGGAGUCGCAACGACAGGUGCGUCCUCGAGUCGGCGAUUCGCAUGCUGCCACAAGUUCGCAGUCUUAUACUUCCCCUUUAGUAAGCAUCAUGGAGGAGGGCGUUGCCAGCAGGUUGGUGGUAAGAGAUCUGGAUGGCCGUGUGUAUACUGGCUUCCUUCAGUGGAAGAACGUGAUGGAAUCCAAGUGUAGGUUCGAGUCCAUGAGUAGCAAUCGAGCCAUAAAUGACGACGUCGUCGACGAGAGGGUACGUCACAACCUCAAGGAGCUGUCAAGGCACGGACGCUUUUGUGAGUUUGGACAGAUCAACUUGCUCAUACUCCUGAAUAGCACCACUCACAACUUCUAUGUCAUGGAUGGCCAGCAUCGAGUUCGUGUUAUGGAGAAACUGUACAAGGAGACGGGAAAGGACAUCAGGUUUCAAUUCCGUGCCAAAGCUGUUUCAGAUGAUGCAGAGGCGCAUCAAGAGUUGUUGCACUUCCAGAACAGCUACCCCUCGGAUCCGAGAUCUUUCUUUUCUACCAAGCAUGCGCGGCAGGUUUCGACAUCGGUGCUGAUGCGGCUUCGGACCGAAUUCUCAAGCAAUGAGCUUUGGGUUCAGGUGCAGACGUCGCGGGCCGGCAAGCGCUGCGGAGAUCCGAACAGACCAAAGUUGAACGAUUUUCUUGUGUUUUGGUUGCUCCAAGAUAGUGGUCUCCUUCGUGACGACUGCACUGAUGCCCAAGUCUUCCAACAUGUUGUCAAGAUGAACCGCUUGAUGAAACACUUGUCGCAAACCGACUCAAGCAAGUUGGGCAAGGGAGUGACGCAGAACAUGAUUCGCUCAGCUUCCAGAUGGGGCUGCUUCCUUGGCUUCUUUCGGGAGGAUGCCCUUCACUGGCAUGACUUGGACGGGCAGUUGGGAAACCUGCCAGCCGUUGAUUUUUUGGUCGGCCGCAUGGCCGAAAUCGGAGAUAAAGCUCAGAACCAGCGGCCAGACAGUGUGCGAGUUCGACGUGCAAGGGGAGACCAGGCUCCUGCACAGGUCGACUUGGACAGCAGGUGCAAGUGGUACACAGGGACCCUCCAUUUGAUGGUCAGAAAGAUGUACGAAGAUCAGAAGGAAGAGCCAGAAAAAGUGGAGGCUAUCGGCAAGGCAGUCGACAAAAGCCUGAAGGAGUUCCAAAAACUGGUUGAGGAUCUAGAAAAAAGGCUGAAGAGCACAAAGGGUCUUGAGGAUGAGGUGGUUCAAGCGGUCGGUCACAACGACUGGCUUGCAGAAGACUUGACCGUGCUUGCCCGGUGGCCAAGAUCGGCCGGCCAAGAGUCCGCUCAAUUUCAGCCUCCUGUCCACAGCAUUGGACCUUUCAUCCAGGUGCAGAAGGAGGUUCGCCAGACAACUGACCAAGAGGAGAAGCAGGCACUGCUGCACGGGAAAGCCUUGAGCGGCAAUAUGACAGCCACGGCCAGGUACGCGACGAACAAAGCGGGGCUCUCGGUCGGUAGAAGGUUUAGUUCGACCUGUUCAGAAGACCUCCUCUCCGUCUUGUCAGGUUUGCAGUGGGGUGAAGAGGACAGUUUCUCUAAUUUAGAGUGGGAGAGUGCUGCAGUGCAGCUGUCGUCCGCUCGCAUGGUUGUCUGUGUUGUGCUGGACGACGACAAGGGGGUGGUCCUGGUGGUCCUAAAGCACAUGGCUAGAGAUGCCAGAGGACGCAGCUCGGAGGAUGAGGCUCCUGCAAGGUGGAACUCCGGAGCGCUUUGGUUCCUUGCUGUGGUUGCCGGGCUUGCUCUUCUACUUUGUAUAGUGUGGGGUCCUCAGCAUGCAGCUGCUGGUGGCUACGUCUUGACGCAUUCCUACGUGGGCGAGGAUUUCUUUUCGAAGUGGUCCUUCUACGUCGCUGGCGACCCCACGCACGGAACAGUUAAGUUUCUAUCCUUCCAGGACGCCAGUGAGCAAGGCCUCAUCCAUGCCUCUUUCGACCGCGUCUUCCUGGGCACCGAUGCAUCGGAGGUGCUUCGGCCCGGGGAAGGUCGAAAAACCGUGAGAAUCGAGUCCAACGAGUGGUUCAGGAACGGUCUCUUCGUCUUGGACCUGGAUCAUGCACCUUGGGGCUGCGGUUCUUGGCCAGCCUUCUGGAUGUUCGGGGAGGACGCGCAGCAUGCCUGGCCGAGGUGGGGGGAGUACGACAUCGUCGAGUCCGUUCACAACCGCACGUGGGCUGCAACCACACUGCACACUCGAAAGGAUUGUGCGCAGACGGAUGUGAGCCGAACCCGUGACUUCAGUGGUCAGGGGUGGGUGCCUGGCAGUUACGGCACCAACAAGGCCAAGAACUGCUUCGUCCAGGCCCCCGGCGAGUUCGCGAAUCAGGGCUGUGGCCAGGAGCAGCCUUAUGGCUCCUGGGGAAGGCCUUUGAACCAGGCUGGCGGCGGAACAUGGGCAGCGGAGUGGGAUCCGGAGAACGAGUACAUCCGCACUUGGUUUUUUCCGCGGGGGAAGGCGCCCGCAGAUCUAACCGAAAAGCGGCCACUGCCGGACAGCUGGGGGAUGCCCACAUCCUUCUUCUCAUUGAAGCAAGACGAUUGCAGUGCCCGUCACUUUAGACGGAUGCGGAUGGUCUUCGACAUCACUUUCUGUGGCGAAUUUGGUUCGGCGACCUUUGGUGCGAGCUGUGCAAGCACUGGACAGUCAUGCGAAGAGUACGUGCAGAAGAACCCUGCAGCCUUUUCGGAAGCCUUCUGGUCCGUUCGAACCCUGGACGUCUACAAGAGGGGGUCUGAGGCCGAAGGAGUAACAGCAGCCGAGACGGGUCUGAAUUAUGGGACCCCUCCGAAUGGUCCGAACGGUGCACUCAGAUCUGUUGGCAUCCUUUGCUUGGUGCUGGGCGUUGGUGGCUGUGGUGCCACUGCCUACUUUAUGUACAAGAAGGGUGCCGCAGAAAAUGCGUCUUUUGUGGACAUACAGAAGGAAGGCCUUUCAACAUUCUCGGCGAACUUGCAGACGACGGAUGUGAGCCAGUGCACACAUGUGAAUCUGCGCGAGCUGGAGCAGGCGGAGUUUGUUACACAAAUCCGUGAAAACUUGCCUACGGUCCCGCAGGUGAGCAACUGGUUUCAAGGAACUUCUCGACCUGUGGCCAGCCAUCCGCAGCGAAAUCCAGGAGCUGCGGCUGCGCAGCCUCAAGAAGGUGCUGCUAGCUGGGCUGGCUUCUCAUCUCAACCGACGAGAGGCGCGGCCGGCUCUCGAGCAGGCUCACAGCCCGCGCCGGCCGCGGCUGGGACCAUUGCGACUUGGACGUCAAUUACAUCGUGGCUGCCAGAUAUGCAGAGCACAAGACAGCCAAGCCUAGGACGGACGAGCUCGUCUUCGAGUGGGCAACAGGUCUGUGUUUGGCCCGCUGCGACGCAGCCCUAUGUGCGUGGUGCUGCUUCGCCACAACAAGGAGGACGCAAUCCGGCAGCUGAAACACAGGCUGCUGCUACCAGUGCAGGCGGCUGGUCUAAUUGGCAAUUCGGUGCAGCUCAGUCGUACUCACAAGGCUCGCCAUCUCAUGGUGCCUGGCGUCUGCCUCCCACUAUCAAUGCACUUGGUCCAGGAGGAAGUCAGCGUCGCACGUGA